AGCGAAAAAGCCUUACUAUUGUUGCGAGGCUUUCUAGUCUACAGGCACAACGGCAAUUACGUCUAAUCCGGACCGCCCACCUACAUCCGUGGCCGAAACCGCCUGAGCCUUGUAAUUGGGGCUUCCCACCAAAGCUGGCGUUUUGACGUCGGCAAUGGUGCCUGGCAUCGCUCUGCCCAGUGUCUGCAUCGUACGCUUCGUUCCCAGUCGCGAUCGUACACCCUUAGCCCAUUUGCUGGGGCAAAAAGAAAUGGUGGCUCGACAUCACCGCCCUGAGCCAUGGCCUAGCGGAGAAUCCUGCCACGCUAAGCCUGAAUCCAAAUCUAAUCCACCACCACCACCACCACCACCACGAUCACCAAUCCAGGCCUGGCCAGCUUGUUUUGUCAAUUUCACUCGUGUCUGCGGACUCGCUUCGUGUAGCUGCAUGAGAACCCAUCAUUUGGUACUUAUCAACAACGUUUCCGAUGCUGUCACCACACCCAGACGCCCAUACCCAGCGUUCCGCAUGUUGUGCAGCAAAUAUUUUUCACCACAAGAAAAUAGUUUUUCGGAGCAUUUGCAGAUUGGCCACCAGAUGGAUGCGCCCGGCUGGGGUGGCUCUUUGUUAGAAAUGUCGUGCGCCCGCCAGAUGACUUGAAAUCUGGACACCUGGCUACCAACCUGGGGAUGGCCUGCUCCGUGCCACAUACGUGGAGCUGUUAGUGCGGGUUACUGGGGUGUUCUGAGCAUUACCUAGCGCAAUUACUACAUGUAAAGUGUCGGGACAGCUUGCGCCAGCUUGGUGGCAUAAGCGCGGGUUAGGCGUUGA